AUGACUUCGAUUAUCAAAAAACUUAAGAAUUUUUUACCUGAAAAUAUUAUGAAAGCAAGAAAACAAAAAAAAGAAGCAAAGGAGAGGUUGGCAGCAGAGGAGGUGGAGGAAGUUUAUUUCGGUCUGAACGACCAAGAUUAUAAGGAGCUAAUGGCUCUGCCAACGGACAAACAUAAAACAAUAUUUCUAAGAAAAUUGAUAAAUAAUGAGGUUACAUACAUCGAACGUGAAAUAGGAGGGGAAAAAGUUGAGGAAGCUUGGUAUCCAUUGAACGAGGAGGAACUUGAUGUGUUUAUGGGGAGGAAGAGGGUGACGUGGGGACAAAAUGAAGUCAGAGAAUUUAGAGAGUAUGAAAGUAGGAGAGAGAAGUGGUGGAGGAAGUUGAAAGAAUUUUCGCAUGAAUGGAUUUUGUGUUUAAAAAAUAAUGAAGAAAAAAAUUUUGAAUUAUAUUUAAAAUCUGCAGAAAAAGGAAUUCUUGUCGCUUGGAUGGAUGUUAAGAUAAAAAUGUUUAUGGAAUUAAUGUACAGUAUAUGGAUGAAAGCAUUUUAUUGGUAUAAGAAAGCUGUGGAAUGUGGUGAUAUUAGUGAGGUCGGAAAAUGCUUUUAUGAAGGAUGGGUAACUGAAAGAGACAUUAUAAAUGCCGCCUACUGGCUAAAUAAAGCAAAAGAAAAUGGAAUGACAAUAAUGGAUAGAAAUGGGAAAUUUAAUCUUCACGAACAGAUCAGAGAUUGGGUAAAUACACUUACCAAAUCUCAAGCUUCCAAUUCUUCUCUUAAAAGUCAAAGAAGUAAUUAUAAGGAAGGUGAUGAUGUAGAAAAAAAGAAGUUCCGUUUAGAACAGGGACACAACCCUUAUUGUAAGAACUGGAAGAUUGAGGUAACUCUACUCUCAGUUAGAGUGAAAUUACAUUGUAUGGAUGGUCCGGUAUGGAAAGAAAGAGGAAUAGGAAUACUAAAACUUAAUUAUUCGAAAGAUAAUAAAAAAUCUCCACAAUUUGUUAUCCGCACUGAAAAUAUGCUAAGAGUGAACUUAAAUGUUUCCUUAUUUCCGGGAAUUCAUGACGAAAGAUCACAUGAUAAAUUUGAAAGAUUGAUUGUAUUUGAGGAUAAACUCUUUCAUUUAGCUCUAAUGAAUUCCAAUGUAGCUGAUGAAUUAUAUGAAGCUAUAAAAAGCGAACUACCUACAACUCAAGAUCAAUCAUCUCCUCCUCCUAGA